AUGUUUUCGGUAAAAUUGUUUGUUACUUUCUGCCUUUCUGUCGUUGUUUCUGCUCAAUUUCCUGCACACACCAACUACGGUGGAUACCAAAAACCUUUUGUACCAAUCGUAUCUCAAGAUUUUCAAAUUGCUCCAGACGGCAGCGGAUACCAAUUCCACUAUGCUUCAGCUGAUGGAAGUCAACGACAGGAAUCUGGAUCUCAAAAAGGACCCGAAAGUUAUUCAGUAACCGGAUCAUUUUCCUACGGUCUUCCAAACGGUGGGCCAGUUCAAGUUAAUUAUGUAUCAGAUGAAUUCGGAUACCAACCAUCAGGUCCAGGAGUUCAUCCAGACAUUGCCAAAGCCGUAGCCGAACAAGUUGCCGAAGCCAGAGCUUCACCACAUUCGGGUGGUUUCAAUGGUGGUUACCGUCCAGUUUAUGGUUGA